AGUGGGAACUCUGACCUGCCAAUAAUCCUGGUUCAUCCCUUAAAUCGGUGUCCCUAUCUAACCGUACCGAGUUAAACCAACCACAUUCAAUUGUUCGUCCUGUCUUUGCACUCUCUCUCUCUCUCUCUCUCUGGAUGAAUCCUCUCAAGCAAGCUUCAUCGAUUUCCCUCUGACGCCAAUCUUCUGGUUUCGAUUCCAAUCAACCGGCCUUGUAUGCAAGUAGCUUGAGCUUCUAUUAUGAUCUGUUGAAGGGAGACAACUCUGAAGCUUUCUUGAUUUCGUGGGAAGAGGUAUAAAUGGGGAGGAUAAUGGAAUGGGCUGCAAGAUCUGAUCAUUUGGGAGGACUUCCAAGGAAAACUGUGAUAAUGGCUGUUAGUGCGUUUGCAAGAGCAGUAGCAAAUCUUUGCAACAAAAGCUCAGUUCACAAUGCUGAGACUCUUAUGAAUCUUGUCCGGUCAAGACCACCUGGUGUUCCUCUCAUCACUGUUAGUAAUCACAUGUCGACUUUGGAUGAUCCAGUAAUGUGGGGUGCGUUCAAGGGUCUCCUUUCCCUUGAUCCAGAAUUGGCUCGCUGGGUUCUUGCUGCAGAGGACAUAUGUUUCAGGAACCCUAUCUUCUCCUACAUUUUCCGCACUGGAAAAUGUAUACCUAUAACUAGAGAUGGUGGAAUCUACCAAGAACACAUGAAUGAAUCUCUCCAGCGAUUAAAAGAUGGAUCUUGGCUGCAUACCUUCCCAGAGGGAAAGGUGUUUCAAGAAGAUGUUCCUAUUAGACGACUAAAAUGGGGAACUGCAAGCCUCAUCGCCCGCUGUCCAGUUACCCCAAUCGUCUUGCCAAUAAUUCACCGUGGUUUUGAGGAGAUGAUGCCGGAGAACUACUUGAAUGGUAGAAGACCGCUGGUACCGCUGUGCAACAAAAACCUUAAAGUUGUGGUUGGCGAACCAAUUGAGUUUAAUGUUCCCAUGAUGGUUGAGACUGCUGUCUUGGACUCCCGCCAUGUAACUGCUCCUCUUCAAGAAUCAAAAUGGCCUAUCCUCACUUCUGCUGGCCAGGAGCUAGACGAAACUGCUCAGAGAUGCCUCUACGUAGCUCUUUCCGAGAAGAUUCAAUCCUCCUUGGAAACCUUGAGGCUCUUAUCUAAGCGGUUGUGACUUCCGCCGGGAAAAUUCAUCACAGAAUCCGGUUCACAAUUUUAAAGUUCCGGUUUAGAUCCGCUGACCGCAGUGGUAAAUCAGUUAUUUACUUAUUAGCUUAAUUUAAUUUUCUGAGAAAUAUUUUACAAAUUAUUUCAGUACGAAAACUAGAGAACUUGCAUUUUUAAAUUUUUACCGUUUCGGAUAUAUAGCAACCCCGCAAUAAUGUAUGUUGAAAUGUGUCUAAUCAGUAUA